CGUAAAUUUGUAAACACGGUCGUCUCGUCGUCGCUUUGAGUUUUUUUCUCUCCCUCUUUAAAAGGAGGUUUUAUUGCACAGACACUUUAGGGGCUGAUCACACCAAGCAUGGAUGUCGGGGAGAUUUUAAAUUUCAAGCCCGAGAUGGCCGUAAAGCGUGCAGCAGAAGAAGAAGAAGAUGAGAAGGACCGGCCAGGCAAGAAACGAGGUCGACUGGAGUCAAGGGGUCUAGGGCCCCAGCCCCCUUCCUCCCACUUGGGCAGCUUAGGGGGUGUGGCCUCAGCUCGGACACGGCAGAUUGUGGAGGAGAAAUUGAUAGAGUAUGAAGAACAAGAAAGCUCUGAGAUGACAGAUGGUCCCCUGAAUGAGUCAUUGCUCAAGAAAAUGAUUUUGAGCUUUGAGAAACGUGUACUGAAAAAUCAGGAAUUGCGAAUCAAGUUUCCUGAUGACCCUCGCAAAUUCAUGGAGUCGGAGGUAGAGCUGAAUGAUGCUGUUGAGGAGCUGCACGUCGUGGCCACUGUGCCUGAGCUGUACCCUGUGCUGGUGGAGCUGGGCGCUGUCAAAAGCCUGCUCUCGCUCCUCAGCCAUGACAAUACCGACAUUUCCAUCGCCACAGUUGACCUCCUGCAGGAAAUGACAGAGCUGGAGGACAUACAGGAAGAGGAGGGAGCUGAGGCUCUGAUUGAUGCACUGCUGGAGGGCCAGGUCGUCACCACACUCGUCCACAACUUGCAGCGGAUGGAUGAGUCCAACAAGUCAGAAGCAGAUGGGGUUCACAAUAGUCUGGGAAUAAUUGAGAACCUAGCAGAGGUGCGUGUGCAGGUGUGUCGAGACGCUGGUCCUGGGGGUUUGCUGGCAUGGCUCCUCAAGCGGCUGAGGGCAAAACUGCCGUUUGAUGCCAACAAGCUUUAUAGCUCAGAGAUCCUGGCCAUUUGCAUGCAGAACCAUGAAGAGAACAGGCGUCUUAUUGGUGAAAUGGACGGGAUUGACGUGCUCCUCCAGCAGCUUGCCGUUUACAAGCGACAUGACCCAUCCACCAACGAGGAGCAAGAGAUGAUGGAGAACCUGUUUGACACCCUCUGCUCCUGCCUCAUGUUCACCCCCAACAGAGACCUCUUCUUGAGGGGUGAGGGUCUGCAGCUUAUGAACCUCAUGCUGAGAGAGAAGAAGCUCUCCCGCAACGGAGCCUUGAGAGUUCUUGACCACGCACUUACCGGUCAGGAAGGCGCUGACAACUGUAACAAAUUUGUGGAGAUCCUAGGUCUACGGACAAUCUUCCCUCUCUUCAUGAAGACUCCUGGCAAGCAUGGCAAGAAGGGCCUCACUAAGGACCAGCAUGAGGAACAUGUCAUUUCAAUCAUCACAUCUCUGCUCCGCAACUGCCGCCCCAACCAGAGAACACGCCUCAUCAACAAAUUUACAGAGAAUGACCAUGAAAAGGUGGACAGGCUGCUGGAGUUACACUUCAAAUACCUGGAGAAGGUCCUAGCCACCAACCUUGAAGAACAGGCCAAGGCAGAGAAUCUGGAUGAAGAUGAGCUGUACCUGCGCAGGCUGGAUGGUGGCCUCUUCACACUACAGCUAGUCGACUACAUAAUGCUGGACGUGUGUGCAACAGGACCGCCUUCCAUCAAGAGACGUGUGCUCAAGAUCCUCAACCUCCGCAAUGCAUCAGUCAAGACCAUCAAGAAUAUCAUGAGAGAAUAUGCCAGUAACCUAGGAGAUGGAGCUAGCUCAGAGGCACAGGCUGAAGAGCAGGACAGAAUACUCGACUUGCUUGAUAAGUUCCAAAACACGUGAGACCAACUGAGGCCAGAGUGCUAGGGUGCAUGCUGAAGGAGGAGGAGGAGGAGGAAUAGGAAGAAGAGAAGAAGGAGGAGGACAUGCAGCUAUCUCCUUGGACAGUGAGACUUCUCUUUUAGGCUAAAUGAGUUGGUUUUGUUAGACUGAGAACUUUUCCUCUCAUACUGGUACACUUCAGAAGUACAAAGAUGCUUAUUAGAAAAGCAAAUCCAUCACUACUGUGCUUUUUAUUUUUCUUUAUGUUUUUCGUCAUCAUUAUUAUUUAUUUUUUUAUUGAUCAUCAUUACGGUUACUGUGCUCUUGUUAUAAUCAUCAUUACUAUUCCAUUGUUAUUAUUAUAUUCUUUUUUAUUACCAGCCAUGUUAUUAUUAGGCCUAAUGUGCCCAACAAUACACAUUAGACCAAUAUAGACGCUACACAAAGAGGCAGAAAGAAUAUCUCUUGCCCUUCCUUAUUCAGUCUGUUAUGAUUAUUUAUUUGAAGGUUUAUACUCAGAUACGUUUUUUUGCUUAUAUUUCUUUUUCUUUUUCAUCCCCCAUUCAUAUAAAUAUUUAUCUAUGGGUACGUUUUUCUUCUUUUCUACAUUUCAUUCUGUCUUUUGUGUCGUGUCUGUGACAUUCUGGCCGUGCGUCACCAGGAGUAAAUAUGUGGCGUCAUUUUUCAUUUAGGUGUGAAAAUUAAGAGCAUUUUUAAAUUAUGUUGAUGAUCAAAAUGAAAAAGUAACUAGUUA